AUGUGGUCUCUACUCUCUACAUGCGGGACAUUGCUCUUGGCCUCCAGUGCCAUUGCAACCAACACAUGGUCUUAUAGCACAUACAAAACUGGAGAUUGGCAGCCUACCAAGCUGGAGCUCAACAAGACCGGAGAUGUCGCCCCGGGGCAGAUCUUCAUCAGUGUCCGGACCGCCGACAACGACGCCAGUACUCGUCCAACAAUCUACGACAACGAUGGGAACGUGGUCUACAUCGGGCCUGCGGAGACUACUAUGGACUUCAAAGUUCAAAAGCUGUUCGGACAGGACGUUAUCACUUUCUGGUCUGGUGAUGCCGGGGUGUCUGGUGGUUAUGGUUAUGGCAAGGUUCAUAUUCUCGACAACACCUAUAAUGAGAUCUAUACCGUGACUCUGCAAGGGGACUUUGUCACUCCUACUGGGGAGAGUCCAGACUCCUAUGUUGAUGUACACGAGCACAUUAUCACGGAUCGGAACACUAUGAUUGUCACUGCUGUCAAUAUGACUGAGCAGGACCUCACUUCUGCUGGAGGAUCGGGGACCCAGUGGAUGAUCGACAGUCAGUUCUAUGAAAUCGAUAUUGCAACCAACCAAGUUGUGUUCUCGUGGAGCGCCUUGGACUACCAAGACAAGAUCCCGCUCUCGAAUUCCCUUCAUGCUGUGCAAGCUGUUGUCGCCCAGGAUACCCCAUGGGAUGUCUAUCACGUCAACGCCGUCAUGGCUACCAACGACGGUUAUCUGAUCUCUAUGCGAUUCUUCUCUUCCGCGUUUUACCUGAACAAGGACGGAUCCGUCCGUUGGCAACUCUCUGGCACUGGAACAGGCGACUUCACAGGCGAUGACCUCCAAUUCUCCUGGCAACACGAUAUCAGAGUGCACAAUGAGACAGAAGACAGCCUCAUCCUCAGCAUCUUCAACAACGCCAACACCCUCACCGAAGUCGACAGCGAAACAACCGGAAUGGCCUACAACGUCGACCUCCGCAAUCAAAAGGCCUCCUUGAUGUACAACGUCUCCAACCCCUCCGAUCCCCUAUAUGCCAAGACCCAGGGGAGUUUCCAGUUCCUCGGCUCUCCGGAAUCCUCCAACAUAUUCAUGGACUACGGCUCCACACCCAAUAUCCAGGAAUAUGACAGCAACGGCAACGUCGUCAUGUCCGGUCAGUUCGGCGCAUAUGGACAAGUUGAGACCUACCGUGGAUUAAAGUACGAGUGGACUUCUACGACGCCAACUUGGAACCCUGCUGUUGCUAUCGACACCACUGCGGCUAAUAUGACAGACGUCUAUAUGAGCUGGAACGGUGCUACGGAGUAUGACAACUGGGUUGUCUAUUCUGUUCCUUCUCUUCAGUCUACCGAGAAAACUAAGCUAGUCUCCAAGAAGAGGACUGGGUUUGAGACUAUGGCUCGUCUCGGGAGUGUCAGUGCUAAGUAUAUCAAGGUUGCUGCUCGUAAGGGCGAUACUAUCCUUGGUACUUCUGAUGCUGUUGCAGUAUAG